CAUGUGGCCCGUGACAGAGCUACCAGCAACGCUCAGGUGGCCUCGCAACCCUCACUUUCCUCGUUCACCAUUUUCUAGUCCUGCAAAUAUUAUGCCUGCCCCAGGCUCUUGCACGCCUUCCUUCUCGGCGGAAGCGUUCUGCCAAGCACCAUAGACUCUGCUACACAGAUCAAGUAGGAGCGACUCCCAGCUAGCCAGCACACACACACCACCCACAAUCGCGUCAAAUUAAUCAGUUACUCGGGGGAAAAUGGCAUACGCGCACUCUGAUGACGAUGAUACCUACGCCGGGAUGCAUCCGAGUCGACAGCAGCGAUAUCAGAUGCUAUCUAGCAGCACGGUCGCAUCAGAAGACAACGCCUCCGACAGCGAUGAAGAGAGGGACCUGUUUAGAUUGAGAUUUAAACUGAGUGUUGCAGACCGCAAGAACAGCGAUCUAGAAGUCGAAGUCCAGCGCCUGCAGAGUGAAAUUGAUACGGUCAAGGCUCUGAACCAGAAUCUCGAGCAGGAAAAGGCUACCCACACCACCACGACGUCGGAAGCUGAGGCGCUGCGGGCACAGAUGGAAGUGCUCGAAGCCGCUCUGGAACACAAGGAUGUCGAACUGGCUGAUAUUACUGGUGCGGCGCAAGGAAUAUCGCACUCGUGCGCUCGACCACAGAACUCCUAUGAUCGCCUCAUUGUGAAGCUUGCCGCGGUUCGCGGGGAUGUUCAUGUUGCAGAACAAGAAUUGGAUGAAGCAACAUCUCAAUCGAGCGAUAACACUGCAAGCCAAGGACGGAUCGCUGAUCUGCAGCGAAAGCUGGCGGUCGAGGAAGAUAAGGUCGCAAGGCUUACCAAAGCAAACAAACUGCUUACCGAACAGCGCUCAGCGAGCGAAGCAGAUGCAGAGUUUUUUAGGGCACGGCUCUCCAACCUCGAAGCUGAGGUGCAGGAGUCUCGCGUGAGCAACUCAAGGACUCAAAGGGAUCCGAAAAGGCUGUUCGCAGGCCCAGGUGGGUGUGAACAUCCAGACUCCCAGACAUGCGACAUCCCAAGACCGCCCUGA